AUGGAUGCUGCAGAGUUCCGCAAGAGAGGGAAGGAGAUGGUGGACUAUGUGGCGGAUUACCUGGAGAAGAUAGAGAAACGCCAGGUGUUCCCAGAUGUGGAACCAGGAUACCUACGGCCCCUCAUUGCAGACUGUGCUCCCCAGGAUCCCGAGAGCUUUGAGGAUGUCUUUAAGGACAUUGAGAAGAUCAUUAUGCCAGGGGUGACUCACUGGCACAGUCCGUACUUUUUUGCCUACUUCCCUUCAGCCUCUUCCUUCCCAGCUCUUCUUGCAGAUAUGUUGUGUGGUGGAAUAGGAUGCGUGGGCUUCUCUUGGGCUGCAAGUCCAGCUUGCACAGAGCUGGAGACUGUCAUGCUGGAUUGGCUAGGGAAGAUGGUUAAUUUGCCUAAGGAGUUUUUAGCUGAGAAGGAUGGCCAAGGUGGAGGAGUCAUUCAGGGAAGUGCAAGCGAGGCCACCCUGAUUGCACUGCUUGCUGCAAGGACAAAGAUUAUCAGACAGGUGCAGUCAGAGAAGCCUGAGCUGACAGAAGCAGACAUCAUGGGCAGGCUGGUGGCUUAUGCUUCUGAUCAGGCUCAUUCCUCUGUGGAAAGGGCUGCACUAAUUGGUGCUGUGAAGAUUAAAAGUGUUCCUUCAGAUGACACAUUUAGUGUUUGUGGUUCAGCCCUGAAGAAAGUUCUGGAUGAAGACAAAGCUGCUGGUCUUAUACCUUUCUUUUUCUGUGCAACACUUGGAACCACCUCUUGCUGCUCCUUUGACAAACUGUUGGAACUGGGUCCUAUUUGUAAUAAGGAAAAUAUCUGGAUGCAUAUUGAUGCAGCCUAUGCGGGAAGUGCUUUCAUCUGCCCUGAAUUCAGGCAUCUUUUAAAUGGAGUGGAGUUUGCAGAUUCAUUCAACUUUAAUCCUCACAAAUGGCUCCUAGUGAAUUUUGACUGCUCUGCAAUGUGGGUGAAAAAAAGAUCAGAUUUAAUAGGUGCCUUUAAAUUAGAACCUCUUUACCUGCAGCAUCACCAUCAGGAGUCUGGUCUUGUCACAGAUUAUCGGCACUGGCAAAUCCCCCUGGGCAGGAGGUUCCGCUCCCUGAAGCUCUGGUUCGUGCUGAGGAUGUACGGGGUCAAGGGGCUGCAGGAGCACAUCCGCAAGCACAUUAGGCUGUCACAUCAGUUUGAACACUUAGUCCUUCAGGAUGAAAGGUUUGAGAUCUGUGCUGAGGUUGUUCUGGGACUGGUCUGCUUCCGGCUGAAGGGCUCAAAUGAACUAAAUGAGGCACUUCUAAAAAGCAUAAAUGAUGCCAAGAAGAUCCAUCUGGUCCCGUGCCACCUGCGAGAGAAGUUUGUGCUACGCUUUGCUGUUUGUUCCCGCACAGUGGAAUCCACCCACAUCAAAUUUGCCUGGCAGCACAUCUCACAGCUGGCAACUGAUCUUCUGAAAACAUGGGAGCACAACCACCACCAGCAGUAACAGCAGUGAAGUGUAAGUGGAGAUGAGGUAAUUAACUGGCUUUCUCUGUGUUGCCAAGUUUUAUUUUA